GCUGUGAAUAAAGGAAGAAGUAGUAGUAGAUCAAUUAUCAUGGCGGUCCCAUAGCUUCGCUCACAUUCUAUUCUCUUCUCUUCUUCUAUUUCUCUCUCUCUCUCUAGUAUAUAUACAUAUCACACACCGCAUGAAUAGACAUCACAUUACCACUCACACAGACCAACGAGCAAAUAUCGCAUCUCUUUCUUUCUUAUUCCAUUUUCUACGAACACUCUUUCUCCCUCUAUUGCUUGCUUCAUUCCCAAACAAAACAUCUUCUUCACCCUUUCUUCUCUUCAACAAUAUGCCAUCCCCCCCUCAUUCUUAAAAUUUGAAGGAACUUUACUUGACAUAGAGAAUUAGGUAUACUGAAUAUAGAAUUCCAUUGGAUUGUGUGUUGUGUGCAAAGAUGGGGGAUCACUUUGAUUUACUGGUCGAUCGGUUGCUAACUGAAUCGACAUUAGAAGCUGCGCUUGAAAGCAGAAUGCGGACGUUGCAGGCUGCAUCUUCGGCGGUGGAUAACACGGAAGUUGAUGUCUCUUUGUUGAAGAUAGGUCUGGAUGAUGUCAAAUGUUCAGGGAAGAUUGUUGAAUGUAGGAUAUGUCAUGAUGAUGAUCAUGAUUCCAAUAUGGAAACACCUUGCUCCUGUUGUGGUAGUUUGAAGUACGCCCACCGUAGAUGUAUACAAAGGUGGUGUAAUGAGAAGGGUGACACCACCUGUGAGAUAUGCCACCAGCCGUUCAAGCCUGGUUAUACAGCUCCUCCUCCGUUAUUUCAGUUUGGACGUAUUCCUAUGAGUUUUAGGGGAAAUUGGGAAAUUUCACGAAGAGACUUAAAUAGUGCUCAUUUGGUUAGCAUGGUUCCCACUGACCAGAACCUUAUCAAUUCUAACUAUGAUCAAUAUUCAGCCUCUUCUUCGGAAAGUUUGAUAUGGUGUCGUUCAGUUGCUGUCAUUUUCAUGGUUCUUCUGGUUUUAAGACAUACACUUCCCCUCUUAAUUAGUGGAAGUAAAGACUAUUAUUUCCCACUUUUCAUGGUGUUAUUAUUUCGGAGUGCUGGAAUUGUCGUACCUGUAUACUUCAUGGCUCGAGCAGUGGCACUAAUCCAACGACAUCGGAGACAACAUCGAGAGCAUCCUAGUGUCUUGGUCAGUUCAUCUGAUGACGAAAUCGAGCAAGAAGAUUUGCAGCCUCAGCCACAUAUCAUACAUUUAGUCUAAAAACACUGAGCAACUUUAUGUAAAUGAAGUACGAAAAGCUCUAAUUAAAGCUGCUUCAAUAUGUCUUGCGAUUUAUGAUCGAAAAAUUGGUGGAGAUUAUAAUUCCUUGGGAACCUUGAUUUUUCCGAGUGAGGAUAAAAAUGGUUACAAGACACUGAAAGUCUUCUAAUGGCUACUCCUCGGCAAAUCUUGGCAGCAGCUAGUUAUGUUUGCCUUAUUGUUUCUGCUUAUAGGUUGGAAUUUUUCAGAUUCAAAACAAUAUCAUCAAUGUAUAGGUAGAAAAUUAUAAAUUGUUUUUCUAUUUACAAUCCCACGUUAAUCAGACGCAAUUAUAUAGAUAUAGAAAAUUACACAGUAGAUGCCGAAAUUGAUGGACACUAUUGUAUUAGUAUAUGUUGCAAUGAAAAAUAGGUAUGUUUGUGAUUUUUA